GCGUUCAGCUGACGUCAACUGUCAGCUGCCAACAUGGCUAAGAAAAGUGAAAAUGAAAUAGUUCGCGUUAUUUUAUUAUGUAUAUUAUGGUAUUUAGUUAGUUCUAGUAAUAAUGUAGUAGGCAAGACGCUACUCAACGAAUUCCCCUAUCCAAUGACAGUAACUAUGGUACAAUUGGUGUCGAUAACGUUAUACAGUAGCCCAGUGUUAAGAUGGAUGGGAGUGAGAAGAACAGCUGAUAUUAGUUGGAGUUAUUACAAGAAAAUCAUUAUUCCUCUCGCUUUUGGAAAAUUUGUUGCAUCAGUGUUUUCACAUGUUAGUAUAUGGAGAGUGCCAGUCUCCUAUGCUCAUACAGUAAAAGCUACAAUGCCUCUAUUCACUGUUGUGCUUGCGAGAAUGUUGUUUGGAGAAAAGCAGACAACUAAGGUAUAUUUUGCAUUAGUUCCAAUCAUCUUGGGAGUAGCCAUUGCCACCAUAACAGAGAUCUCUUUUGACAUGCUGGGGCUUGUGGCUGCCCUCAUGGCAACAGGAGGCUUCUCACUCCAAAACUUAUUUUCUAAAAAGGUAUUGACUGACACGGGUAUACAUCAUUUAAGGCUCCUUCACCUGCUUGGAUGCUUGGCACUCUUCAUGUUCCUUCCUGUCUGGGUAUUUACUGAUGGUCACAGCAUUUUUUAUGAUGAUACUCUGCUGCUAAGAAGAGACCCUGGAGAGACUAUCAUCCUGCUCUUGGUGGAUGGUGGCCUUAAUUGGUUGCAGAAUUUUGUGGCCUUUACCAUCCUAAAUUAUGUCACGCCACUCACAUAUGCAGUUGCCAAUGCCACCAAACGAAUCUCUGUCAUAGUAAUUUCACUACUACUGCUGAGGAAUCCAAUCUCACUUGCAAAUAUUGUUGGCAUGUUCCUGGCUAUUUUAGGAGUCCUGGGCUAUAAUAAGGCCAAAUAUGAUGCAAAUCAAAUGAAGAAGAAGGCAGCUGUUGCACCACUAAGCCAGGUGAUGAGCACCAAGCUUCUUCAGGGUUCUGCUGAUAAUGGUGGGCAAACUUUUAAGAAUCUCUACUCUCCACUGUAUAAUGGGAACCCCUUACAAGCUCCCCCUUUCCAUCCAGCAUAUGUUUUCAAUCAUAUUGGGUCAGCUGGGCUGGGUCCCUAUCCCAGGAUGCCAAAUGGUAUUGCAGAAGUCUCCCACCAAAGUAGUGUUUCUCUUGCAGGCGCUCAGAAUGGUUAUGUUAACAAUAGUAUCAAUGCCAGUUUACAUAGUACCUUUACUGGACAUAAUACACGAUCAAAUGGAAUAAUAUAUAAGGUAUAAAUUUUCAGAAAAGUAGUUAAUGAAAAUUUUCUAUUUUUUUACAUGACUGUUAGUUAAUCCAGGAAAGUUUAGAUAGUAUAGGUGAAAUAAAAUAUUUCUGUUAACACAUACAGUAGUGUACAGAUUAUUGGUGAUGGUGUGUUUUGGAUAUUGAUGUUCAGAAAUUUCCAAUUUGGUGCCUUUAGUAGUUUUCUACCAUCUAAAAUAUUUAUCGAAGCUACUUAAGUUAUGGGUCAUUGUAGUUUGUUAUAUUUUAAAAGAUCCAGUAUUCAUUUUUUUAUUACCUAUAUAUUAUUAGUACUGUACUGUUAUUGGUUGAGUUUUAUUGUUUGUAAAAUGUAUGAUUGCUAGUAUUAGACUGCUCUUAGAAAUAAAUUGGAGACUUUUUA